GAGGAAAGUGAGAGGCAGUGGGGAAGUGCAUCUGGUGGUACCUCAUCCUCUCCCGUCGUCCCGGACUCCAGCCGGUGAUAAUCCAGUUAAUAUCUGCUGGAUAAAGGAGCAGAAGUCACGCUGUCUGUACCACGUCAGUAGGCCGGUUCGGCGCGGUCACGUUUCUUUCCUCCCCGCCAAAAAAUUCUCCAGAAACUUCGGGUGUUUAUAGCGAAGAAAAGCCGAUAAAAAAAAUGAACGCGAGUGAGCUAAAUCCCCCGCUAGCGGAGUAUGAUUUCGAGCGACUUUUCGACGAAAGACGAGCCCUGGAAUGGAUGCAGGAAAACUGGAGCAAGGCGUUCAUGUUCUGUGGCCUGUACGCUGCGCUCGUAUUCGGCGGUCAGCACUUCAUGAGGGAAAGGCCGAAGCUGAACCUGCGACGCCCGUUAGUGCUGUGGUCUCUCAGUCUGGCCAUCUUCAGUAUCAUAGGAGCACUGAGGACCGGACUGUACAUGCUGCACGUCCUCACAGCCAACGGCUUCAGACAGUCAGUGUGUGACACCAGCUUCUACAGCGCCCCCGUCAGCAAAUUCUGGGCCUACGCCUUUGUUCUUAGCAAGGCCCCUGAGCUGGGUGACACCGUGUUCAUCAUCCUCCGGAAGCAGCGCCUCAUCUUCCUGCACUGGUACCACCACAUCACCGUGCUGCUCUACUCCUGGUACUCCUACAAGGACCAGGUGGCGGGCGGCGGCUGGUUCAUGACCAUGAACUACGUGGUCCACUCGCUCAUGUACACCUACUACGCGGCACGGGCGGCCGGCCUGCGGGUGCCCCGUCCCUGCGCCAUGGUCAUCACGGCCACGCAGAUCCUGCAGAUGGUGAUGGGCCUGGCGGUCCUGGGCCUGGUGUACCACUGGAUGCACGACGUGCACUGCCCCUCCAACGUGGACAACGUGGCGUGGGGCUUCCUCAUGUACCUCAGCUACUUGGUCCUCUUUGCCUUGUUCUUCUACGACACCUACCUCCGAGGCUCCUCCGGGGACAAAGGAUCCAAGGCAGAGUAGCACGCCUGUACUGUGCUGCCGAAGUGUGCCAUUACGUAGAAACGACCAACAGCGAGGGGCCACGAAUGUGUGAGUCACAACUAGGUAACUGGUUGCUCGGCCCUCCUCUUUUUAAGACCUUUUCACUUGACUUUUUAUAGGCAUCUGUAGCUUAACACAGUGGAUUUAGAGCGCUAGGAAGGAGAGUGGUUCCGACUGAGCACAGCUUAUGAUCUCCUGAUUAGUUGGGAGUACAGUCUGGGAAUUGAUUUAAGAAGGGGAUGGAGGAAUAACAUGUUUGUGUUUGACUUACAUAGUUCUCACUUCAUUUAUAUGAUUGCCUUGGUGACUUACUCAUGGCCAGUAUAAAACAAACAGCCCUAUGAGGGCUAAAUGUUUGCCAGAGGUGUUUAACAAAUGUUUGUAUGUUGUAAUGAAAAAAAGUGAUCAUCCUUGAUGUAUACGUUAAAGCUCUGAAGUAGGAAAAAAAAAAAAAAAAAAAAAUACUUUUAUAUUGUUAAAAGAAUAGUUCAACAUGUUGGGAAAUGCUCCGCCUAUAGUACUUGCAAACACUUCCUACAAAGAAAGGUUUAAAAACAACGUGUGAGUUUAGGUGGGACUUAUGUGCUAGAACUACUUCUUGACAAGCAACAGUUUAUCCAUCCGCCCAGUACUACUCAUCUCAGUGUAGCGCAGGUUGCAAGGCGCUGCCGGUGCACAGGUUUUGGUGUCUGCAGAGAGACGGUCUGUUCUCACUAACCGUUCGUACACAUAGCUACGAAAAGACACUGACAAAAGACACUGACAAAAGACACUGACAAAAGACACUGAAAAAGACACUGACAAAAGACACUGACAAAAGACACUGACAAAAGACACUGACAAAAGACACUGACAAAAGACACUGACAAAAGACACUGACAAAAGACACUGUAAUUCGUUUGUAUUCCACGUAUUAAUUAUCGUGAGCACCACAUUGACUGUUGCUGUAUAAGACGGCAAAGAUCCACUUAGGGAGGAGGUUGGGGUGGAUGUUUGACUUCUAAAACGCAGGGCUUUCAAGCCGGGGAGUGGAGGUUGUGUCCCGGAAGAAGUUAAGGGGAAAACCCAAGACUUUCACCCAGGAAACGGGUGUUCGUGUCCUGGGAGUAAAACUUAAGGGGACCGGUGUUUUAACCCAAACCACAAACUCUUUUUCUAAUCUUAACUAGUCAUUUUGGUGCCUAAACGUAACUGUCGGCACCUUUUCUUCAAAUAAACAUAACUGUAACAGGCGCUAAACUUAACUUUCAUGUCUGCUAAACGUGACCUCUUGGCGCUCGCUGUAAUUUUGUGGGAUAUCAUUGGAACCCGUUUAUGAGAAUGAGACGUUGGCACCAAACAUGGCGACAAGACUUCAGGAAGCUGCGCACAGUCAAUACUUCUAGAAAGUAAC